AUGCACAAUUCAACUGGCGGCCGUACCGCAAAGAACAGCAGUUCCAGUCGACGUGGUCCACGUCGAGAGCAGAAGAAGAAGAUGGACUACGAAGCGCGUAUCACCCGCAACGGCGUAUCGGCUAAUCACCUGCUGAACUUCUCAAUGCCCGAACGUGAGAAGACGGCGCAUUCUCAGUAUCGAAAGAAGAAGAAGAAGAGCUCAGUGCCUCGCACACAGAUGGAAUAUCUUCAUGCCAACUACCGCUUUGUGAUUGCACCACUUGACCCCGAUGAUGUCGUACCGACAUGGGAUCUUGAAGCCCUUGCUGAGUGGUCCUCGGUUGAACAAGUGCUGCUGUGGUAUGACGUCGAGAGCCCGCAAACUUGUCCGAUUUGCAUGGAUACGUUCCGCGCUCCGAAGAUUACAAAGUGUGGCCACAUCUUCUGCUGGCCAUGUAUACUCCGCUACUUAUCGAUGACGGAAAAGUAUUGGCGCCGCUGCCCAAUGGUCCGGCGUAACUUUUCAAUUCCUGGAGCGUUCUAA